GGGCAACACAGUAUUGAAGCAAAACAAAUUCCUUUCCCAAAACCUCCUUUCCCCCACCCCUUCGCACAGGCGACGGACGACUCGGCUACCGCCGCUGCCGCUACGCCAGCUUCCCAGCGACUUCUGUAUCAAGGAGCAUUCAGAGGUCUGCUUGGAAUCUUCGGAGGUCAAAUUAGAUACGCUACAACUUCUGACCGGAGAAUAUAAUUUCCAGGAGAAACUGAGUUACAACAUAAAAAGGGUAAUGGUAUAAGUGCUGAAAUCCCAGGAAAUCUAGCUGAAGAGAAAGGAUCUAUCAUCGAAGAAAAUGAAAUAUAUGAGAUCAGUAGAUUCACAAUAUCUUCAGCAAGACAAAUGUUCAAACCUGUUCAUAUAGACAAAAUGAUCCACUUCACAUAUCACACAAUUAUUAAGGCAUCACUUGAUUCUCCGUCAACAUUUCCUAGAUAUGUCUAUCAUCUGACUCCAUUGCAUCAAAUCGAAUCCUAUAUUCAAAAGAAUGAAUACUUCCUUGAUGUGCUCGGAGUUAUCACUCAAGUGAGUGCAUUAAAACCAGUUCGGACACAGACCCGGGAAAGCUCAAAUGUCAUAAAAGAGAUCAUCAUAAAAGAUAUCAAUGAUGUCACAAUGAGACUAACCCUAUGGGCAGAACGAGCUAAAGCUUUUAAAUUAGAUGAUGUUUACAAUCCUCUAGAGCAAAAGCCAAUCGUCACACUCUUUGUAGGUUGUUUAGCCAAAAAUUUCCAAGGUGCAUACUUAAAUGGUGGAACAACAUGUAGAUGGUAUUUCAAUCCUGAUAUUAAGGAAGCCGCUCCUUAUUAUCAAAGGUUUGGAUCUCAAAAAGUAAAACUACAAAUACCAUCAGAGCAGGAACAACAACUAUCUGUUGCAAAAGAAACACAUGUAGAACACAAAACCUUGCAUGAGCUUCUUGCGUUGGAUCCAUAUGCAUUUCCGAAACAAGGAUAUGAAUGCACAGUUACAAUCAUAGAAGUACCUACAACAAAUCGUUGGUGGUUUCCAGCUUGCACCAAAUGCAGUCGAGCAUGUAGACCACAAGAUGGUGGUUACUAUUGCUCCUACUGUAAAUCAGAAGCGUACACACUAAGAUAUAAAUUAACAUUCAUGGGAUCAGAUGCAACAGCAACAGCGCAAAUGUUUUGCUUUGAUACUGUAGCACGACAUAUAGUUGGCAGACCAUGUGAAACGGUUCUGAAACAAGCCACUGAAGCAACACCAAUACCUCCAGAUCUAGCACAAAUAGUAUCCUUAAAGUUUACAUUUCGUGUUACAGCAUCAAACCAAACAUUCGCUCAACGAGAGAAGCAACCCACUGUGUUACAAAUAAAUUCUAUAGUUGUACAUGGAAGACAACACUAUCUACCAUCAGGAAUUCAAAACACCAUAGAUCAAGGUCCAUCAACACCAAACAAAGAAGCUACACUCAAAUUAUUAGAAGAAUCACCUUCUAUUGCUAUGGAAAGGUUAUCAACAAAAGUAUCCAAAGAUGUUGGCAGAAAACUCACAUAUUCAACACAGGACAAAGACAUCAUAGGGUCUCAAGUCUUGGAUGUAGCACAAGGAACUAAUGCAGAUAAGGGAAUCCCCACUGAUAAAGGCAAAGAGAUCGAACCUCAUCUUCAAUCUCCUCCAAAAAGGCACAAACAAGGACCGCUGACAAUCAAAGAGUAGACAAGACCAAGGCACCACCAAGAAUGAUAUGUGCAACCACAUGGAACUAAUUCAAAAAUGGCUACUGUCUUUAUUCUGUGCAAGCUAGCCACCCUUUUGCAACUUUAUAAAUGUAGUACUGACAUGCCACAAACAGUUCAUAUGGCUAGCUCAUUUUCCUUUUGAAUGACUGCCUUUUUUACAAAAGGCAUAAAUAUUGUAUAAUUAAUAUUCGGAUCACACUAAAUGCUUAAUGCUUUAAACAUUAUAUAUAUAUGCCAUCAAGGUCUGUCUUCCUCUC